AUGCAUUCGCUUUGCGUUACCCAAUCAUUCUGGGCAGAUUCCACGAAUUACGGCUUGCGUUUCAAUGAAGCAAAACUAUUGUCCAAUUUGGAGUACACGAAUUCCAGUGUCGUAUGGCUCGGGAUGGAAAUUCGAAACGACUUGAGCAUUAUGAUCCCGGAAGCUCCACCUCCACUGUUCUGUCAGUACUCCGGGUUACCUCUGUUCGCCAGUGAGUGUUUGUGGCGUCUGUAUCGAAGUCGGCCUGGAUAUAACAUUUGGCGUUUCGCAUUCCGUAACAUGCCCGUAGUCUACUAUCAGGAUGCCAAACAAAAACGGCCAUUUCGAUUUAGUGGUGUGGAAUCACUUAACGCCUAUCGAUUGGGUAUUCGAUUGGCCACUCUGAUCUGGAUUAGCAUUAAAACCUCUCCGGAUCGUCUGCGUCUCCUCCAACCCGACAUAUCGAGGUGUCUGGCAGGAAUUAUCAAAUGCAAAUUCCACGCUCUGUUGGGUCCCAGACAAUGGCGACUUCACCGUUUGGCCCGAAAUGCAUUUAUCAAACGUCUCCACUUACAUCGUGGCGAACUGAUGCAUUUGUUUCGUGCCCUACAAAUAUUCUCUCAACCGGAUAAACGAAGAACUGAUCGCUUUUCCCUAGAUCCGAGGCCAAACACACACGAAUCAUCAGCUGACCACUCACCGGCUCAUGCCACAGUGACUCCCAUUCUGUCUGAUAGUUCGCUUGCUACCACAUCCAACUCUCUUGCUAUUGUACCUUUUGAAUAG